GUUGGAGCUUCAAGCUCUCUUAUUCGACAGGGUAUAAUUGUAAACUACAUAGGCUGUGCAGCAUCAAGAGACCUGAUAUCAUACAAAGAUAACAAUAUACGCGAAUAUUGCUGUUAUGACAGAUUGGAUGAACAUCGGAAGGUUCAAAUUGAACAGAGCGCGCUCCACUUCCCUCUCUACAACAGAAACCGAGAGCCCAGUGAAGGAACCUCCACCUCCCAUCUCCCUCUCUAUAACAGAAGCCGAGAGCCCAGUGGAGGAACUUCCACCUCCCGUCUCCCUUUCUACAACAGAAACCGAGAGCCCAGUGGAGGAACUUCCACCUCCCGUCUCCCUCUCUACAACAGAAGCCGAGAGCCUAGUGGAGGAACCUCCACUUCCCGUCUCCCUUUCUACAACAGAAGCCGAGAGCCCAGUAGAGGAACCUCCACCUCCCGUCGGCUCCUCACUCAUUUUUGCUUUUCCUAUAUGCCUUGAGCGUCAGUGAAGUACGUUUGGUAAGCCGCAUAACAUAAUGUGCC